AUGGCACAUAAGAAAUCACUUGAAGCACUUAACUUCACACUGAAGGAUCUUCAACGAAAUAACAAUAUCUUUGGCGGCUUGAUGAUAUUGUUGGCAGGAGAUUUCAGGCAGACGUUGCCAGUAAUUCCCCGUGGAACGCCUGCAGAUGAAUUGAAUGCUUGCCUGAAGGCAUCACCUUUAUGGAAUAACUUAAAAACAUUAUCGCUAACCACUAAUAUGAGAGUUCAACUUCAAAAUGAUCAAAGUGCUGCACAAUUUUCCAAACAGUUGUUAGCUGUUGGAAAUGGAAAAGUCCCAGUUGAUGCGACAUCUGGAUUAAUUACUCUUACCAACGACUUUUGCCGAUUUGUAGACUCUCAAUUAGCUCUUAUUGAAAAUGUUUUUCCAAACAUUAGUGAGAAUUAUCAGAAUUAUGCUUGGUUAAGUCAACGAGCAAUUCUUGCCGCAAAGAAUAAUGAUGUACACGCACUGAAUUUCACCAUUCAAUCAAAAAUUGCUGGCGAUUUGAUGACAUACAAAUCCGUUGAUUCCACAACAAAUCCCGAUGAUGUAGUAAAUUAUCCGACGGAGUUUUUGAACUCUCUGGAGUUACCAGGAUUUCCACCACAUAACUUGCAACUCAAAGUUGGUACAGUUAUUAUGAUAUUGCGUAAUUUGAAUCCACCGCGACUUUGCAACGGUACUCGACUUUCGGUAAAAAGACUUAUGCCAAUUUUGAUUGAGGCAACCAUUAUUAACGGAUAG